UGCAUGAUUGCACAUGCAUAUGAAUGCAUGUUCACGCGUGAAUCGGUUAUCAAGCUGCCAUUUAUAAACACUGUUGCCUUUGGGUGUUUAUUCAAGCAAAUUUUCACGCAAUAAAUUGUUGUGUGACAGACAGACCAAGAAAUGCACUGGCAGCACUGCACAGCUAAUUUAGCUAGUCAGAUAGAGACUAGAGACAGAAUCACAUCAACUUAACUUUACUGUUAUUUGCUCUUGCUGACAUAAAACUUGAAGAGAACACAAGUUUACCUGAUUGCUGUUCUCGCAUUUCACUCUCAUUUUGUUUCUUUUUUUCUUUUCAUGGCCAGAUGGAUAGCUCUGCUUCAUAUUGUCAUCUACACAGUAAACACGCGCUGUAAAAUGAGGCAGGGGGAGGCGGGGCCUUGCGUAAUUUGUGGGGCCCUACACAACUUGCGUAGUGAGCGUAUGGGCCGAUCGGCUCUGAUUAUGCUGAAAUAGAGCGUGUGGAGCGUAAUGCAAUCUAGGAGCAGUGAUUCGCCAAACCUCCCUUAUUGCAGUCGCACACAUUUCUUCUGAUUUUAUUUUGUAGUAACGAGUAACGAAGAUGUUAGUGGAAAUAUAUCGGAGUAAAAGUAUACAUUUUAUCUAGGAAAUGUAGUGGAGUAAAAGUGAAAGUUGACAAAUACGUGAUACGUGAAAUUUCUACUUAAGUACAGUAACGAAGUAUUUGUACUCUGUUACAUUACAACACUGGUCAUUUGUUUUCAAGUACACACACACACACACACACACACACACACAUAUUCCAAUAUGUAUAUACAGUAUGCAUGUCAAAAUUUACAAUAAUAAUAAUAGGAAUAAGAAGAAGAUGGGAUAUCCUAUAGGAAUCCAAUAGAAAUAUGGAAAUAUAAAACAAGGCAUUUAAGUUUCCUCCGUGAGGAUUUUUGUGUGUUUUCUGGGCAGAUACAGCUUGUGUGUGAGUACAGUAUGUGCUGUGUGCAGGAAGUAACAUUUCAGAGACAAAAGCAGGUAAUUUUGGGUUUGGGGACAGGUGAAAGGUGAAAGCUCACAAAUCUGUCAGCAGCCAAACUGAAAUCCCAGAUCUGUCAGUUUGCUUAUUGACCCAAUCAUCUUAUUAGGAGGUUUGUGGCAAUAUAUCAAUUUCUGCAGCUUAUAAUCUCCCACUCCUUUCCAUAAAUUGAUGGUUGGGGUCACCAGAUUCAAAAGAACAUCUUCUGAUUUCAGCCAUUUUUUUCAGGUUUGAUUACUUGGCAAAAAGUGGGAGUGAUAGAUCAAUUGGGGAGGGUGCAAAAUCCCCUGACUCCACUUUAGUCUAGUCUGACUACUCUAGUCUCUCCCUUUUCCAGAGGCCAAAGGUUUCCAAGUUGUAAAAAAUUCCUUUUUUCUUUUCAAAUUGUAUUCCAAUUUCAGUAAUUCUACCUACAAUUUUUGUCCGCUUUUUUCAAAUUUCAAAGGAAAAAACCUGUUUAAUUACACCAAUUUUUCAUACUUCUUUUCUGGCCAUAUUCAAAAACAGAUGGUUUGAGUGUUAUGGCCUCAUGUUGUAUAUGCUGCUGUGUCUAGAUAAUAAUCUAUAGUAAUUAUUGGGUGCUGAAUAUACAGCAUUUGAAUCUUUUGAGGCAGCCAGGCCUCACAGUAUGCCACAGUAUGUAAUUAGUGUGUAAAUGGAAAGAGGUACAAUAGCUGGGCAGGUGUGUUCCCAAAUAAUAAGACUGCUGUGUUGCUGGCUGCAGGCUAAAACGAGGUGAGACAAGAAGUGGGAUCAUACAUAGCAUUCUUAUAGCAUUGUGGUAUCAUCAACAGUAUUCACAAAUCACAAAUCAUAUUUUCAGACGCGAUAUCAGACAAGUGAAAAAUUAUGUUAUUAUAUUAUAUAUUAAAUGUACUGUUAUGUUCCUUACUAUUCAUAUAAUCCCUAUCUGUUGUACUAAAAGACAGUAUUUUGUUACUAUUUGUAUUCUGAUUCAUUUACUUUGUUUUUCCAUGCUAGUUUGGCUAUAACAUUUGUUUUCCUUGUGUUGCCACCUGUCACCUGCAUAUGCAUCCAACAUUGCAUGUGUGCAUCAUAUGCAAUAAUAUUAUAGAAUACAUCCCAUGGAAGCAGCAGAAGUAUCUGGCACUCUGUGGCCAGUUUGCUGUUGAGCAGCACAUGCUAGAUUGUUGUCUUGGUGUUGAGAGCGGAGCAACUGUCACAAUCUGUCGCUAUAUUAAUUCUAUUUUAUGUUGCCCGACUACCACUUUUGCUGAUGCUGGACAAAUUCUCAGGUGACCCCAAACAAUGUAGAGGUUUUCUAACUCAGGGUUCUAUUUAAUUUGCUACUUUUAAAGAACUAUCAUAAUUCUCCAAAAUGGUGUCCCUGUCUGUGAAUCCUAACAGGGAAAGCUCUGGAGUGGGUGAACAAGGCAUGGCUGCACAGUCUACUUAUCAGCAGUUCACCAAACUCUUAAGCCCAUGGGAUGUGACCAGUAGCAGAAUACAUGUUCAGGUUUUGUAUUAUAAAUGCUGGACUCAUUCAAUAACAUUGCCCUCCAGAUGGAUCAACCUCUACAAGAAUUUGAAUUAAAAAGUUGCAUUUUCUCUUUUUUCCUUAAUACUUUACUUUUAUUUGUUAGAUUUUCUUACCAUUUUGUGAAAUGCUCUUUGUUUCUUUCCUCAUUUAGCAACAGAAGGAAACCCAUUUCAGAGCUCUUUAACAUCCAUCUUAUAUUCAAGUCAAAUAAGGCAUUUAAUUAUUAAGUAUGGCAACCAUUCAGCUUGUACAGUGUGUGAGCUGCUGGAUGUUUAAUAAUUCUUCUUCCAUCUUAAGUGUUAAUUUUACUUGUGAUAGGUGGGUGUUAGUUAGCUCUCUAAUGGAGAAGAGGUGCGUAUAAUUUUAGAUGCUAGAGAGGGUUAGCAAUAGUGAGAGUAGUGUAGCUUCUGUAGUGGAUAAUCUGGAUUGUCAUUAGAGCUCAACACUAAUGCUAAGGCUCACCCAUGGGUGCACCACUCCUCUUCGCUUUACAUGUCAAACAGGACCAAAGCCUCACAAAAGCCGUCAUAGCAACCAAAUCACUCCAAGGAGGCCGUCACCAUGGCAGUAAUGACCAGACUACACAAGUGGAAUGAUGAAAGGAAAGGAGGGGAGAGUGUAUUUAUGACAGACUUAAGGAUGGAGCCAUUUUUUUGCCCACACACUCUUCGUCUGUAUCUUCCUGAAUACAGACACAGUAAAACAAACCCUGGGUUCAGCAUGACUCUACAGGAGGAGGUGAGAAACCCAAAGUUUUGGAGGGGCAUACUGGCAGAGAUGAUGGGCUCUCUAGUCUUUGUAUCAGUUGUAUUAGGCUCUUCACUAUCAGGGCACGAGGGUGUCUCUUCUGGACCUUUGUACCCAGCACUGGCAGCAGGUAUGGUAGCAGUUGGUCUAGGACAUUGCUUUAGAAAGAUCAGUGGGGCACAGGUGAACCCUGCAUUAACUUUGGCCUUAUUAGCUACACGGAAACUGGACGCUUUAAAAGCCGUGGUCUAUGUAUUUGCACAGUGUUUAGGAGCCACUGUAGGAGCUGGGAUUCUCUACAUGGUCCUACCCUUAAAAUCCACAGCUAAAAUCUAUGUCAACAAGGUACCAAUGGAGGGAAAUGCAGGGCAGGCUCUGGGGAUGGAGAUACUUGUCACCUUUCAACUGGUCUUUACCAUCUUCUCAGUGGAGGAUCAGAGAAAGAGUGAGGAAUGUGAACCUGGAAAUUUGGCAAUUGGCUGCUCCCUUAGUGCAGGAAUUUUCACUGCAGGUAGAAUUUCUGGAGGCAGCAUGAACCCUGCUAGGUCUCUUGGACCUGCAAUUAUAGUUGGAUACUGGGAACACCACUGGGUAUACUGGAUUGGGCCAGUGUUGGGUGCUGUGUUUGCUGCCAUGGCUCAUGAAUUCUUUUUCGCUUCAAGUGCCUCAAGGCAGAAGUUAGUGUCCUGUCUCACAUGUAAGGACAUUGAGAUAUUAGAGACAGCCAGUGUGUCCCGUUCAUCUUUGUCGACCAUCACACAGACAGCUGGGAGGGCCAAGCAAAUUGACAAACUUGACCACAGCUGAAGUUUAGUUUUUACUUUAUCAUCUAUAUGAUAUGUAUAAUUUACAUUAUACUGUAUUACCUACAUUGAUGUAAAAGUAUUUAUUGUGAAAAAAAAUUACUGUUUGUAUGCUACAUGUUAAAGAAUAAUAGUUUUUUCAUUAUAGUUUACCUUCUAUAUCAGUACAGAAUGGAAUUUAAAUUACUGUACUUGAGCAUAUAAAAAAUGUGUUAAUGAAAACCUCCUAUGGGAUUUUUG